GAAACUCAUAAUCAGUUCCUUACUUGUGCAUCAAGGAAAACGACUCAUAUUCCGCACCUCCUGCGUCGCAGUGACAUGAUGAAGUUCCUCUUAUCCCUCGCUUUUCUGUCAUUUCUCGAGCAGUCUCAAAUCUCGACCUUAAAUUAGCAGCUGUACAAGAAUGGCAUGAAAGUGGUCAGCCCUCUCGCAGGCCUUCAACGAGCGUCGACCAUCCAAUGCGCCGUUCAAUGCGACAUGAAUCCCAGCUGCUACUCCUCCCACUCGCCGAACUCCGAAGGCGUCGACUGUCGACUGGCCGAAUGGAAACCGAGCCUCCAGGCGGAUCCAACUUGCGAGUACUACCUCCAAAAACUCCCAGGCACUCUUCUAAAUUACACGGGAAUCGGACAAGGAUUAUUCCACCCCACCGAACCCAAUCAAGGCCGAGGAUGUCUGAUGAUCGCUGUCUACCAGGCCCCGGACUCCACCUGCUGCAACGGCCGCUGGGCGGAUAACACCAGGGGCUAUUCUACACCCUUGAUCCCAAUCAAGGCGGAUGAUCUGAUGAUCUCCGUCUUCAAGGCCCCGGACCACACCUGCUGCAACGGACGCUGGGCGGAUAACGCCCAAAUGUCAACACUCGACUAUCAGAUUUACAAGAUGGGCAUGCAAGUCGUCGGUCCCAUCGCGCAUCUUGAACUGCCGACGUCCGUCGAAUGUGCCUUUCACUGUCACAUGAGCAAGAAUCCCAUCUGUUACACCUUCUCCGUCACAAAGAGCUCUGGAGGCGUCGACUGCCGGCUGAGUGGAUGGAAACCUAACCUCCAGGCUGAUCCUGACAGCGAGUACUUCAUCCUGAAAAUUGCAGGAGGCUACGAACUGGUGCCAGGCACGUCGUCGUACGUGAAGACAGUCGUCAUCGCCACCAAGAACUGGAACCAGGCCGAGGCAGACUGCGAAACAGACGGAGGCCGGCUGGCCGUGGACAACAACCAGCCGAUCCAUGCCUACAUGACCCAGAUGAUCUUGAGUCUCGGGAUCUAUUCGAACGUUGGAGCUGGAACCGGAUACUUCUGGAUCGGUGGGCAGAGCACGACGGACGCAUAUCACUGGAGACUUCUCGACGGCACACUCCUGAAUUACACGGGGAUAGGUCAAGGGCUGUUCCACCCGACCGAACCCAAUCAAGGUGGAGGAUGUCUGAUGAUCGCCGUCUACAAGGCCCCGGACACCACCUGCUGCAACGGACGCUGGGCUGAUAACGUCUGCACCAUAACUACCUGGAGCUCUGGAUAUUUCUGCGAAAUUCAGGUACCGGUAUUCAUGUGGAUAAUGGGAGUAAGCCUGGUUUUGUCCCUCAAGAGUCAGCUGAUGAAGUCCUUCUCCAGGAAGCAGAUUUUCAUUCGGAUCUUGCAACGAUCGACCAUCCUCUUCUUCCUUGACCUCAUACUCAAUGCAAGGUUGACAAACAGCCUGACAGACAUGAGGUUGCUGAGGAUCCCAGGUGUGCUGCAGUGCUUCUCCAUCGUGUAUUUCCUGGUGGCAACUCAGGAACUCUUUUUAUUCAAGCUGCCUGAUGUUUCUCUGCAAGGAUUGGCAAGACUGGGGAGGAACUGCUGAGGAGCCAUCAGAUAUGUGGAUCAACUUGUGUUUGGGGAGUCCCACAUCUAUCAGCAUGCCACCCCCAAAAGCCUCUAUAACACCAACAUCCCCUUUGACCCUGAAGGUCUGGUGGGGACAUUGAAUUCAAUCGUUUUAGUCUACUUGGGAGUGGUGGCAGGACUCAUUGUGGUCACACAUCCUGUUGCAAGGCUACGCAUCCUUAUGUGGCUCAUCAUUGGUUUCCUCACUGGAAUGGUGGGUCUAGGCCUCUGUGAAGCAUCACAAAAUGGUGGCAUGAUUCCCCUGAACAAAAACCUCUGGUCACUUUCUUACACACUGGUUACUCCAGGAACAUCUUUCUUCAUCCUUGCACUCCUCCACUGGAUCGUUGACAUCCAGCAGUGGUGGCGUGGUGCACCCUUCUCUCAUGUCGGGAUGAACGCGAUUCUCCUCUAUGUGGGGCAUGAGCUGCUGGAAAAGACCUUCCCGGUCCAGUUCAGUCCAUUGCCUGAGAGUCACCUCGCUUGCCUCUUUAUGAACCUCUGGGGAAUGAUCUUUUGGAUCCUUGUUGCCGUCUGGCUUCAUUCGCAUCGAUUCUUCCUCGCACUCUGACUUCUUUGGGAUGUAUACCAAAGAUUGGAUCUGUUUAUUUCCUCUGUGAUAUUUUCCCCACCUGACUCCAUUCCUGUCCUGCAUUAUAUUUAAAAGUCUUUGCUUAUUUCUCAGUUGAUUCCUUCU